UGAUACACUACUUCCUGUUUGUUGAGCAGGAAAAACAAGUAUGUUGCUGCGUCACCGCCAACUUCACACUGUCGCUACUUUUCACCUCCUACAUAAUCUACACACACUUCUGCUAACUCCAUUUUAUAACCACGAAUUACAACGCAACACACGCUACACCUGUUAGAUACUGUCAUAGUAUGUUAAAACAAACCAUAUCCAGCUUCCCAAAAUAACAAAAUAUAGCGGAGACGUUUACCCAGUGAUACGUGACGUCACUUUUCCCUGAAUUCUCAUUGGCCCAGAUGCGGAAGUAUCAAAACACGUCUCCACUUUAGCUAGCAUUUCAUGUUUGCUAGUCGAGGUAGUUCUCCAUACUUUGUUAGCCGGAUUAAAACAGAAAACAUGUUUUUAUUCUGCACUUGAGACAGCUCACCAUGGACUUGUUUUUAUUCUUUCUUCUGGUUGUGAAAAUACAUAGCGUGGUGCCUGUGAUUCACACGCUGAAGUAUUUCAAAAUUGCGUCCACUCAAGUUCCAAACUUCCCAGAGUAUGUGAGUGUUGGUUAUGUUGACGACAUUGGAAUUGCUCACUAUGACAGCAACAGCAGGAAAGCAGAACCCAAACAGGACUGGAUGAACAAAAUCACAGCAGAGGAUCCAAAGUACUGGGAGAGAGAGACAAACAUUAAUAAACGAUCUGAAUAUGUCCUCAAAUUCAACAUUGAAAAUCGAAUGAGGCUCUUCAACCACACUGAAGGUGUUCACAUUUACCAGUUGAUGGUCGGCUGUGAAUGGAAUGAUGAGACUGGUGAGGUUGAUGGAUGGUCCCAGGACAGUUAUGAUGGAGAAGACUUCGUAUCAUUGGACACGAAGACAUGGACAUGGACCGCAGCAAAACCACAAGCUGCCCCCACCAAACACAAGUGGGACCAUGACAUUCAUAAGAUGGAAUAUAGCAAGUUUUACUUCACUGAGGAUUGUCCUUCUUACUUGAAGAAGUAUGUGAACAAUGGGAGGGAGGUCCUAAUGAGAACAGAGCUUCCAGAGGUGUCUCUCCUCCAGAAGACUCCAUCUUCUCCGGUCAGCUGCUUCGCGACAGGUUUCUACCCCGACAGAGCCAUGAUAUUUUGGAGGAAAGACGGCGAGGAGCUCCACGAGGACGUGGAGCACGGAGAACUGCUCCCCAACCACGAUGGAACCUUCCAGAUGGCGGUGGACCUGAAAGUGGAGGUGACGGCCGACGUGGAGGGCAAGUACGAAUGUGUGUUUCAGCUGGCUGGCGUCAAGGAGGACAUGGUCACCAAGCUGGAGAGAAGAAGCAUCCUGAGCAACGCGAGCCAUGAAGGCUGGACUGUCGCCAUCAUUGCCACGGUGGUGGGCGUCACUGUGGUCCUCCUGGCGGCCAUCUUCCUGUACGUGCGUUACAGAAACAGACAAGUCACAUACGAUCCAGCUGCUUGUGACGGUGGUACCGAGGUCCUGGAGGACGUGACGGCUGAAGGCUGAGUUAAGACGCAGCAAGAUGGUUUGUGCGCUGGAACACAGAGAGAUGUCUCCAUCACUGAGGGAUGCCAUCACACUUGGAUCUUACUGGAGAUGAGAUGUGUUGAUGAGAUUUGAUGCUUAUGGGUUGAAAAUCACAUUGUGUCGUAUCUUCUUGGCCUUUUAAUACAUUUGAUUCAAUUGUGUUUUUGUUCAUGGUUGUUCAUGAUUGGGGGGCAUUUCGGGUAGGACCGGUUCUGCCAAAAUACAUUAAAAAAUCAACUUUUUGAAAAACACUACCAAUGUUUAUGUGUGGAAUCCAAAGAAAUACAGCUGAAUAGGUGCAGAUUCUGGAAGAACUAGAAAGCUUUCUGUGCUGGUUAUUGUGUGUAGCUGCUCUAUAGGAGUCCACAACUCAAUACAAAAGGUUGAAAAAGAGCAUAAUGGGACCCAUUUAGUGCCAUAUUUGUUAGUCAUGUAAAUAGGGUGAGUUGUUUAAUCGUUUACAAAUUAAAAAUAUUGGCGAUGUAAAUGCCCCCCUGAUUGGGUAGGACCAGCUCUGCCAAAAUGCAUAAAAAAUAUCACCUUUUUGAACAACACUACCAAUGUUUAUGUGAACAUGAUUCUUUUCUGGGCGCUCAGUGUGUGCAUCAUUUAGUUCUAAAGCACAGAAGAAGAAACAUGACAACAACAAAGACGCCGGCUAAGUUGGCGGUACCAAGGCAAGGCAGCGUUCCGACUUGUAAAGAGUCCAGGCUGGGACUCUCCAGCUUUGAUCCCGGAGCACUCGCUUCUUGCAGGACUGAAAAUGGAUCCUCUAAUUAUCGGGCAACACAAUGGGGCUGCUCUCUUCCUGCUGGUUGACAUUUGGAUCUGAGGGGGAAUAAUGAAAGCAAUCAGUGGCUCUGUCUGCUGAGUCCACUGUGCUCACGCCUUGUUUGCGACAUGUUUACCCCUCGCUUGUUUGGCUGGAGGUCGGUCGCUGUGGUUACACGAGCCUGUGAUUGACACGUAAGUUCCUCUCAUGAAUGGCCAUGGUCAGCCAUUUUGUCGUCAUUUUUUUUCCGAAACCUGGCUCUGUUUAUGUCGACAUGUGUUGUAGUACUGCUAAGUUGAUUGCGGCGUGAAACGACUAAUACUGCCUCAUUACACAGCAUGAAAACUUCCAGUUCUUUUUUUUUCAUACUGAACAACAGAUGUUUUAUCCACAAAUUUGCCGUCCAAGGUGGCCUGUCUCACACCAUGUGUUCGCCCAAAAAUUGUCCAUGCACAAGGACAUCGGAGAGCGCAUUGGAGAGGUCACAUAGUAAGUCUCUUUCCAUAAAAGCAAAGCAUCCUGUAGGUAUUGAUGAAUAUUGAUAAACUGAGGCAUACAGCUAUAUUAAAAGACCCCUUCAAUACCGGCCAUUUUUCAUCAUUUUGCCUGAUCUUUCAAGACACACUGCAUAUUAGACUCCUGAAGACUCCUGUCUUCCACCAGAAAAAAAAAAUCUUUCUACAUUUUUCUGUUCUUUAGUAAUCAGAAGUAGAACAUAGGUAAGUUUCAAGAAAAUAUCAGUUCCCAACUAAAAAAAGGAGGAAAAACUUUUUUUUGUGAAAAGAUAAAUUUCAAGCAAAACAUUAAUUUUGACACAAAUAUGUGACGAAAAGAGAGAAGAAAAAAAAGAAAAAACAAAAAACAAUGCCAAUGUUUAUGUGUGGAAUCCAAAGAAAUACAGCUGAAUAGGUGCAGAUUCUGGAAGAACUAGAAAGCUUUCUGUGCUGGUUAUUGUGUGUAGCUGCUCUAUAGGAGUCCACAACUCAAUACAAAAGGCUGAAAAUGAGCAUAAUGGGUCCCACUUAGUGCCAUAUUUGUUAGUCAUGUAAAUAGGGUGAGUUGUUUAAUAGUUUACAAAUAAAAAUAUUGGUGAUGUAAAUGCCACCCUGAUUGGGGGGCAUUUCGGGUAGGUUCUGCCAAAAUACAUUAAAAAAAUCAAAAAAGAAAAAGAAAAAAAAACAAAAAAAGAAAACAAAAAACAAAAAACAAAAAACCAAAAAAAAAACUUCCAGUUCAAGCGGGAUUCUAACACAGAAACUGCUUCUUCCUUCUGACUCCCGAGAAAGACACAACAAGUUGCGACUUGCCCUCUGUCGUCAUCCGAAAACCUAUAAAGGCAAGAUAUUUUCUUGACGCUUCCAAGCGAAAGUGUCAAAUUGAUGGUCUCUCUGUCUCCACAUGGACACCGUGUCAGCUGACAAGCUCCUUUCUUUUGGUCGUUGUUGCUGCACGCUGCACUGCACCACCAGGCAUGCAAAUGAGAGGCUGCUGAUUGGAAGCGGAGGAUUAAAACCUCUGCAGCGUGAACACAUUUUCCUUUCCAGCAGAGGACGAGUCGAGCGUCCUUUGAUUCUAUCAGCGAUGAAUUAUUAAAAAUAGCCCACGCAGACGUGAUUACUUUUCCUGCAGUAAUUAUGUGAUAUUUUCAUGUAAGCUGCGGCCAGAAAAGCCUUGGAGUUCUGCCCGAGCGUCCCACAAUGAAUGGAACCGAAGCAAUGAAGCUGUCAAGUGGAACUAAACCCCCCCACAACAUGAUACCAAGCCGUGCGAGGAAUAUUGACGACUGGGAAUUCCCGCCAAUUCAAUUAUGAUUAAAAAGCCAUCGCCUUUAGUUUACAUCCGAGUUGGAGCGGGAUGAUU